AUGCCUGAUCGGGACAGCUCGUACCUGUCAGGUGGUUGUGGGAGUGGUGGGAACCUGAGCGAGGAGGGAGGACCGAGCUCUGCUUGCACAGCAGAGGGAAGAGGAAUUUCAGGCGGGGGUGUUGGCGGCAUGGGAGGAGGAGGAGCACUAGGCAAUGGCAAUAGUUGCGGGAACGGAGGAGGUGCGAUGCAAAGUGCCGCUCUGACACCGAACGGGGUUUGUAGGGAUUUUAUACGCAACGUCUGUAAGAGAGGGAAUCGUUGUCGCUUCAAGCAUCCCGACUUUAAUGAGGUGCCAGACUUGGGGGUGCAAAAGAAUGAAUUCAUCUUUUGCCACGAUUACCAGAAUAAGGAGUGCCUGCGUGCCAACUGUCGCUUUGUGCAUGGUUCUAAAGAAGAUGAGGACUAUUAUAAGAAAAAUGGUGAGCUUCCCCUCAGGUUGAGAGGGACAGUUGCAGCACGACUUGGACUCUCCCCCACGGAUCUGCCGCAUAGCAGAGGGGAAGUCCCAAUCUGCAGAGACUUCUUGAAGGGGGAGUGCCAGAGGGGCAAUAAGUGUAAAUUUCGUCAUGUGCAAAAAGACUAUGAAUAUGAACCUGCCAGGGUUGGAGGGAGCGGCGCGAUCGGGGCUGGUGCAGGUGGGAUGGUGAAUGCGGGAAGUGGCAUGGUUGGUGGAGGAGCUGGGGGAGGAACCUGUGGGGGUAUUCCUGGACUCGGGGGAAGUGUAGGUGGAAAUAAUAUUAUGGGGAUGGGCUGCCCAAGCUUGGGUGGUUGCAGAGAUCCAAGCCUCCCGGGAGUCGUAGGCGUUGGUACAGGUGGAAUCAGUGGCUGCAUGGCAAUAGGACCAUCAGGGAAGAGACGUUACGACAUGACCUCACUGUCUGUGUAUGACCCUUUGCUUGAGAGCGGGCUAUUUGAUUCCACGACCCUGGACAGUUCACUGGAACAGACUGCCCUUCAGAUCAAGAGGCGGCGGCUAGAAGGCCUGCGACUGGCAGAUGGCAGCGUCGGUGGGCCGUAUGAGCUCGGAGUCCAGGCCGCCAUGCCCACACGUCCUCUGGAGUACAGGUUCUUGGAGGAAGAAAACAACCUGCUGAGGAAGAGAGUAGAGGAGUUGAAGAAACAGGUUUCCAACCUUAUCGCCACGAACGAGGUUCUCCUGGAGCAAAAUGCGCAAUUCCGAAGUCAGGCUAAAGUGAUGACACUUUCUACCACGCCUGCCCCCACCGAGCAGACUCUGGCAGCCCCCGUCGGUGCGGUCAGCUCAUACAACCACGGCAUCGCCCAGACUCACACCACGCUAAGCAGCACCGGUCUCCAACCUCGACCAGUCACCCAGCAAGACUUGGUGGCACCAACCGGCGCUCCUGCGGCACCCCCGACGAACGCCGCUCCCCCGACUGCACCACCUCCUCACCUCAAUCCUGAAAUCACGCCGCUGUCUGCUGCUCUCGCUCAGACCAUCGCCCAGGGUAUGGCGCCACCUGUUUCGAUGGCACCGGUGGCAGUUUCUGUAGCUCCGGUCGCAGUGUCCAUGACGCAGCCUCUGCCGGGCAUCACCAUGAGCCACGCCACGACGCCUAUGGUGUCGUACCCCAUCGCAAGUCAGAGCAUGAGGAUCACUACUCUUCCUCAUAUUACCUGA